GAGCGUGCAGGGAGCUCCAAGACCCCAGGACCCAUGGCGCAGAAGCCCAUCAGCAGGGCCGCGGCCGAGCGCAUGAACCUCGUGGCCCAGGACGAGAUCUGGAAGUACCGCCUGAAGGCUGAAAACGAAGCACGACAAAACUGGGCCCCGAACUGGGGAUUUUUAACAACCCCCCUCGAGGAGCUGAUCAAGUGUGAAGAAGAGCCCGCCACCCCAAAGCCCAAAAUCGAGCUUCCCGAGCGCUUCCGCAUCCGGCCAGUGACCCCAGUGGAGAAAUACAUCAAGGUGCUCCCAUCCCCCCCAGUCCCAAAGACGACCCAGGGCUUCAUCGGCUGGAGAUCCGGUGUGCCAGGACUGCACAAGUGUCUGGAGUACAAUUAUGAGAUCAGAAGCUGCAAAGGGGCAUAUGCCAAGGAGCUAAACUGGCCGAAGCAAGGUGUCCACUGA